AUGAGGAGAAAACAGCAUUAUUCGAAUCCGUCGUGUGUUUUUGUUCUUCUUUUUUCAUUCUUCCUAGGUUUAACGACACUAGUCUCUUCUUCUGUUGUUUCAUCGUAUCAUGUCUCAGAUGGAUCCCUCACGGAAGCUGAAACGAUGUACAUCAAGCAUCGACAGCUUCUUUACUACAGAGACGAGUUUGGCGAUAGAGGUGAAAAUGUUACGGUGGAUCCUUCACUAGUAUUUCAAAACGACCGCAUCAAAAACGCUUACGUGGCGUUACAAGCUUGGAAACAAGCUAUUCUUUCUGAUCCAAACAAUUGCACCGUUGAUUGGGUGGGUUCCAAUGUGUGCAGCUAUAGUAAUGUUUUCUGUGCACCCGCAUUGGAUAACCCUCAGAUCCAAACGGUAGCCGGAAUCGAUCUUAAUCACUGUGAUAUCGCCGGAUAUUUGCCGGAAGAGCUUGGCUUGUUAACUGAUCUUGCUCUUUUUCAUGUCAAUACCAACCGGUUCUGUGGAACGGUUCCUCAUAAAUUUGAGAAGCUGAAAAUCUUGUUCGAGUUGGAUCUAAGUAAUAACCGCUUCGCCGGGAAGUUUCCGGAGGUUGUUCUCCGGUUGCCGUUGUUGAAGUUUCUAGAUCUGAGGUUCAAUGAGUUUGAAGGUACGGUUCCAAAGGCGCUUUUUGAUAAAGAUUUGGAUGCGAUUUUCAUCAAUCAUAACAGAUUUGUUUUCGAUUUACCGGAUAAUUUUGGUAAUUCCCCGGUUUCGGUGAUUGUUCUGGCGAAUAACCGUUUCCACGGUUGUUUCCCGGCGGGAAUUGGAAACAUGACGAAUUUGAACGAGAUUAUUGCGAUGAAUAACGGUUUACAAUCGUGUUUGCCGGCGGAGAUAGGGUUGUUGAAGAAUUUGACGGUGUUUGAUGUUAGUUUUAACAAAUUGUUGGGGCCGUUGCCGGCGGCUAUUGGAAAUGCGGUGGGUUUGGAACAGUUGAACGUGGCGCAUAAUAUGCUUUCUGGUCAGAUUCCGGAGAGUAUUUGUGCGUUGCCAAAUUUGGAGAACUUUACUUAUUCGUAUAAUUUCUUUACCGGAGAACCACCACGGUGUCUGUCUUUACCGGCUUUUGAUGAUGAACGUAACUGUUUGCCGGCGAGAAAGAAUCAACGGUCGGCGAGGGAAUGUAAGUCGUUUUCGUCUCACCCUAUUGAUUGCAGCUCUUUUAGGUGUAAAGCUUUUGUUCCUUCUUUGCCUUCACCACCACCUUCUCCCCCUGUUGUUGUUAUUCCACAAUCUCCUCCUCCACCUGUGCUUUCACCACCGCCGUCAGUUAUCAUCCCUCCACCUCCGCCUGUGUUGUCUCCACCACCUCCACCUCCGCCUGUGUUGUCUCCACCACCCCCACCUCCGCCUGUGUUGUCUCCACCACCUCCACCUCCACCAGUAAAUCCACCGCCACCUCCUCCUCCAUCACCGCCUCCUCCUUCACCGCCCCCACCACCUCCUCCAGUGUAUUCUCCACCCCCGCCUCCACCAGUGUAUUCCCCACCUCCACCUCCACCAGUGUAUUCCCCACCACCACCUCCACCAGUGUAUUCCCCACCACCACCUCCACCAUCACCUCCACCACCUUCACCCCCACCACCCUCUCCACCUCCUCCAGUUUACCUACCACCUCCACCACCACCCCCACCCCCACCGCCACCUCCAGUAAGCUCACCACCUCCUCCAAGUCCUUCACCACCUCCCCCAAGUCCUUCACCACCCUAUUGUGUUAGGUCUCCGCCACCUCCAGUCAAUUCACCACCUCCACCACCCAAUUCACCACCUCCACCAGCUCCUGUAUUCUCCCCACCACCGCCUGUACCUUACUAUUAUAGCUCGCCGCCUCCACCACCAUCUCAGUCUCCCCCACCACCCCCUCAUUCGCCUCCCCCACCUCACUCUCCUCCACCACCUGUUUAUCCAUAUUUAUCACCACCACCACCUCCUCCAGUUCACUCACCUCCACCACCAGUCCAUUCACCACCACCCCCAUCUCCACCACCUUGUAUAGAACCCCCACCACCACCUCCUCCUUGUGAAGAACAAUCACCUCCACCACCACCCCAUCAAACACCUUAUCUCCCACCACCAUCCCCAUCACCGCCACCAGUCUAUGCCUCACCACCACCACCACCACCAGUCUAUGCCUCACCACCACCACCACCAGUCUAUUCCUCUCCACCACCACCACCAACAGUCUAUUCUUCACCUCCACCACCAGUUCAUUACAAUUCACCACCACCACCACCAGUCUAUUCUUCACCUCCACCACCAAUUCAAUACAAUUCACCACCACCACCUACACCUGUAUAUGAAGGGCCAUUACCACCAGUCAUUGGAGUCUCGUAUGCAUCGCCGCCACCACCACCCUUUUAUUAA